GGCCGCAGAUAAGACCCCGGAACCCAGCGCCUGCACUGUCACCCCAGCCAGGAGCAGGUCCUUGUCCAGCGCAGCACCGACCCCCCUCAGUUCCCAGCUCCCGAGUCGUCCUGUGGGCCACGCCCUCCUAAGCCUUCAGAAGGCCCACUCUGCGACCAAGUCACGAUGUCUCUGCCGGCGCCGAAGCGUGGAGGAUCGACGCCCACGCCCCACGGCCAGUCCCUCCAGGGGAGGCCACACCCAGGGCAGACAGGAUGCUGGCUUAGGCCAGCCCUCUCGAGGCACCAAGCCCCACAGGCCGCACAGAGUCCGGAGCCAGCCCCAGGCAGAGGACCCUGCUAAGGACCCAGAGAGGGUCCCGCCCCUGGGCAAAGCAGACCCGACCUUGAGACAGGUCCAAGGGCCAGGACCCCAGGCAGCCCUGAGGUCCCACCGGAGGGCAGGGGCCCCCUUUACUCAGAGGGACUCCCACCCCACUGCUUCCAUACCCACCGCCCGAAGCUGGACCCCGCUCACCCACCGCCGGGGACCCCCCACAUGGGCCCAGACUGCCACCAAGAGAAACAAGCGAUCCAGGGUGGCAGUGGUCCGGAGAGGCCGCCUCCAAGGGCCAGGCUGGGCCCAUGAGAGAUCGAUGGGCAGUGGGCAAGAGGAGGGGCCCCUUCAUCAGCUGAACCAGCUGGACCAUGAUGCAGAGUUCUCCGAGGAUGCUGACACCACCGGGCCCCAGGCCACCUCCCUGGAGGAGCAGCUGCUGGAGGGGGACAAGCAGACGCCCAGCAAUGGGCAUGGCCCCUUCUUCUACAUCGGGGGCACCAAUGGGGCCUCCAUAAUCGGCGCCUACUGCCGGAGCAGAGGCUGGCAUCGUAUCCAGGACAGCCGGCGGGAGGACUACAAGCUCAAGUGGUGUGAGGUCAAGAGCAGGGACACCUACUGCAGCUUCCGGGAAGGUGAACAGCUUCUCUACCAGCUCCCCAACAACAAGCUCCUCACCACCAAGAUCGGCCUGCUCAGCGCCCUGAGGGAGUACUCGAGGGUGGUGAGCAAGAUCAACAAGACCUGUCUGUGCCCCCAAUCCAAGACCCUGAAAAUGGAAGAGUUUUUCCCAGAGACCUACCGCCUGGACAUCCGGGACGAGCGGGAGGCCUUCUUCGCCCUGUUUAAUGAGACCCAGACCUGGAUCUGUAAGCCCACCGCCUCCAACCAGGGCAAGGGCAUCUUCCUGCUCCGCACCCAGGAGGAGGUCGCUGCCCUCCAGGCCCGGGCGCAGAGCAUCGAGGACGACCCCAUCUACCGCAGGAUGCCUUUCCGGGCGCCCCAGGCACGGAUCAUACAGAGGUACAUCCAGAAUCCACUGCUGCUGGACGGGAAGAAGUUCGACGUGCGCUCCUACCUGCUCAUCGCGUGUGCCAUGCCCUACAUGGUCUUCUUUGGCCAUGGCUAUGCCCGCCUCACCCUCGGGCUCUAUGACCCCAACUCCAGUGACCUCAGUGGCCACUUGACCAACCAGUUCAUGCAGAAGAAGAGCCCCCUCUACAUGCUGCUCAAGGAGGAUACAGUGUGGAGCAUGGGGCACCUCAACCGCUACAUCAACGACAAGUUCAGGAAAGCCAAGGGCCUCCCCAGGGACUGGGUCUUCACCACCUUCACGAAGCGGAUGCAGCAGAUCAUGUCCCACUGCUUCCUGUCUGUCAAGUCCAAGCUGGAAUGUAAGCUGGGCUACUUUGACCUCAUCGGCUGCGAUUUCCUGAUCGAUUCGGACUUCAAGGUCUGGCUGCUGGAGAUGAAUUCCAACCCGGCCCUGCACACCAACUGCGAGGUCCUGAAGGAAGUGAUCCCAGGAGUGGUGAUGGAGACCCUCGAGCCCCUUCGGAGCCCCCAGCCCAGCACCCCAGAUCCCCAGGGCCAGUACACAGCCGCUCUUCCCCUUCCGGCCCCCCAGUCCACCGCCAGCCCCCUCCUGCGCUCCUCGCCGGUGCCUGCCUCCUCUCCACGUGGUUCCGCGCACGACCUGGCUCGGCUGCCGGCCUUGCAGCCCUGGGAUCCUUCACGUCCCGCGCACGGGGAGCGGCUCUGA